AUGGCGGAUGCCGCGGCCAGACAGCUUCAAUAUGAAUACAAAGCGAAUUCCAAUUUGGUCUUGCAAGCCGAUGUUAGGCUUAUUGAGAGAAGAAGUAGAGAUGAAGCCACAGGUGAAGUUAUGUCCCUUGUGGGCAAAUUGGUUGGCACCAAGAUGGGAGAUCGGGCACAAAGAACCAAACCUGGUAAAGCUGAAGAGCGAAAAGUCAAGAGACAAAAAAGAGAUGAAGCUCAAUAUGAUUUUACAAGAAUGAAGGGGGCAACCCUUUUAUCUGAAGGUGUAGAUGAAAUGGUGGGAAUUAUAUACAGACCAAAAACUCAAGAAACCCGCCAGACAUAUGAUGUGCUACUAAGUUUUCUACAAGAAGCUUUGGGUGACCAACCCAGAGAUAUUCUGUGUGGAGCUGCUGAUGAAGUAUUAUCAGUACUGAAAAAUGAUAGGUUAAAAGAGCGAGAGAAGAAAAAAGAAACAGAAACACUGUUGGGUCCAAUAGCUGAAGAAAGGUUUGCCUUGUUGGUCAAUUUGGGUAAAAAAAUAAACGAUUUUGGGAAUGAGGAGAAAGCAGCUGCUGGUGAAGAAAAUAUUGAUGAACAAUAUGGUAUUAAUGUUCAAUUUGAAGAAUCAGAAGAAGAAGAUGAUGAGGAUAUGUAUGGUGAAGUAAGGGAGGAAAUGGAGGCUGAGGAGGGAGAAGAAGCAAAAGAGGAUGGGGCUAUACAUUCAGAAAAUCUUGGCAGUGUUGAUGAGAUGAAAAAGGAAAAAAUCCUCCAUCCCUUGGAUAUUGAUGCAUAUUGGUUGCAAAGGCGCUUGUCCAAAAUAUACGACGAUGCCAUGGUCUCCCAAGCUAAGGCCAAUGAAGUUUUAAACGUUCUUAGGGAUGCCAAUGAUGAUAGAGAGUGUGAAAACCAAUUGGUUUUAUUAUUGGGCUAUGAUUGUUUUGAUUUUAUUAAGAUUUUAAAGAAACACAGGCAAAUGAUUUUGUAUUGCACUUUGUUGGCAAAAUCCCAAAGUGAUACAGAAAAACAGAAAAUCAAAGAUAAAAUGUCAGAAAAUCCAACUUUAGUAAAACUUUUGCGUCUUUUGGACUCUGGCAAAGGUGAAGAUGACAUGGAUGAAGACGAUUCAGAAGCAGCAACAUCCAGAAGAAAAAACGAUAAUGACGAUAUGGACCCAAAUAAUUGUGCUACAGUUCCUGGAAACCGCACAUUGGUCGAUUUUGAGGAUCUUGUUUUUGCGCAGGGCUCUCAUUUUAUGGCCAACAAAAGGUGCCAGCUACCAGAUGGUUCCUUCAGAAAACAGCGCAAAGGAUAUGAAGAAGUCCACGUUCCCGCGUUAAAACAAAAACCUUUCGGCGACAACGAGAAACUGCAGCCCGUCGAGGAUCUACCAAAAUACAUUCAACCAGUAUUCGAUGGUUUCAAAACUCUCAAUCGCAUCCAAAGUAGAUUGUACAAAGCCACCAUUGAAUCUGACGAAAAUAUACUUCUAUGCGCUCCUACGGGUGCCGGUAAAACUAACGUCGCCUUGUUGUGCAUGAUGAGGGAGAUCGGUAAACAUAUAAAUCCGGACGGAACCAUAAACUCAGACGAUUUCAAAAUUAUCUACGUCGCACCUAUGCGUUCUCUCGUACAAGAAAUGGUGGGCAAUUUCGGUAAGCGGUUGGCCAGUUACAACAUAACCGUUUCUGAGUUGACCGGAGAUCAUCAACUGACUAGGGAUCAAAUUGCGGACACGCAGGUUAUCGUUUGCACCCCUGAAAAAUGGGAUAUUAUUACUAGAAAAGGGGGUGAAAAAACGUUCACUUCAUUGGUGCGUUUGAUAAUUAUCGACGAAAUCCAUUUGUUACACGACGAAAGAGGUCCCGUUCUUGAAGCUUUAGUAGCCAGAACCAUACGUAUGAUAGAGUCCACGCAAGAAGAUGUAAGGUUAGUUGGCCUAUCUGCCACAUUGCCUAACUACCAGGAUGUAGCUACGUUCCUGAGGGUUAAUCCCGAUUCGGGAUUAUAUCAUUUCGAUAACAGCUUCAGGCCUGUCUCAUUAGAACAACAAUAUAUCGGGGUAACAGAGAAGAAAGCAUUGAAAAGAUACCAAGUGAUGAACGAAAUUGUCUAUGAAAAAACUAUGGAGCAUGCCGGUAGAAACCAAGUACUAGUCUUCGUACAUUCCCGCAAAGAAACAGGCAAAACCGCAAGAUCCAUUAGAGAUAUGUGCUUGGAGAAAGAUACUCUAGGACAAUUCUUGAGAGAAGGUUCAGCCUCUAUGGAGGUGUUAAGAACAGAAGCCGAACAAGUUAAAAACCACGAACUUAAAGAUCUACUUCCCUAUGGAUUCGCUAUCCAUCAUGCUGGUAUGUCGAGAGUUGACAGAACAUUAGUGGAAGAUUUAUUCGCCGACAGACAUAUUCAAGUGUUGGUUUCUACCGCCACAUUAGCUUGGGGUGUGAACUUACCGGCUCACACUGUAAUAAUCAAGGGGACGCAAGUAUACAAUCCAGAAAAAGGUAGAUGGGUCGAAUUAGGCGCUUUAGAUGUGCUUCAAAUGUUGGGUAGAGCGGGAAGACCUCAAUACGACACCAAAGGCGAGGGUAUAUUGAUAACAAACCACAGCGAGCUGCAAUACUAUUUGUCCUUGCUCAAUCAACAACUUCCCAUUGAAUCCCAACUAAUAUCCAAACUACCCGACAUGCUCAAUGCCGAAAUAGUCUUGGGAACGGUUCAAAAUGUUAAAGAUGCCGUUACAUGGCUGGGUUAUUCAUAUCUAUACAUUAGAAUGAUGCGGCAACCGACUUUAUACGGUAUAUCGCACGAUCAAGCCAAGAACGAUUCGCUUUUGGAACAGCAAAGAGCUGAUUUGGUUCACACAGCGGCUCUUCAUUUAGAUCGCAGCGGUCUUAUUAAGUACGACAGGAAGACCGGUCAGUUCCAAGUCACCGAACUCGGUAGAAUUGCUUCGCACUACUACUGUACUUUUGACACCAUGAGCACUUACAACCAACUGCUUAAACCUAUGUUGAGCGAGAUCGAGCUUUUCAGAGUUUUCUCGUUGUCAUCCGAAUUUAGGAAUAUUACCGUUCGUGAGGAGGAGAAAUUGGAACUGCAAAAAUUAAUGGAACGUGUACCGAUACCUAUCAAAGAAAGCAUGGAGGAACCGAGCGCCAAGGUUAACGUUUUAUUGCAGGCUUAUAUAUCCCAAUUAAAAUUGGAAGGUUUCGCGCUCAUGUCCGACAUGGUCUACGUUACCCAAUCAGCUUCCCGACUCAUGAGGGCCAUAUUUGAAAUAGUUUUGCACAAAGGUUGGGCUCAAUUGGCCGACAAAACUUUGGCUCUCUGUAAAAUGAUCGAUAAAAGAAUGUGGCAAUCCAUGUCGCCGCUAAGACAGUUCCGUAAGAUGCCCGAAGAAAUCAUCAAGAAAAUCGAAAAAAAGAACUUCCCCUGGGAGAGGCUCUACGAUUUGGGCCCCAACGAAAUCGGCGAGCUUAUUCGUGUUCCAAAACUAGGCAAGACCAUACACAAAUAUGUUCACCAAUUCCCAAAACUCGAGUUAUCAACUCAUAUACAACCAAUUACUAGGUCAAUGUUAAAAGUGGAACUGACCAUAACACCCGAUUUUCAAUGGGAUGAUAAGUUGCACGGAGCUUCGGAAGCUUUUUGGAUUUUAGUGGAGGAUGUGGAUUCAGAAGUCAUUUUGCAUCACGAAUUUUUUCUUCUCAAAGCUAAAUACUGUCAAGACGAACAUCUGAUUAAGUUCUUUGUACCAAUCUUCGAGCCUCUACCGCCUCAAUAUUUCUUGAGAAUAAUAUCCGAUAGAUGGAUAGGAGCUGAAACCCAACUGCCCGUGUCGUUUAGGCAUUUAAUAUUGCCUGAGAAAAAUUUCCCUCCCACUGAAUUGUUGGAUUUGCAACCGCUACCCAUAACAGCGUUAAGAAACGACCAAUAUGAAUCGCUUUAUUCUGAAAAGUUCCCGCAAUUCAACCCGAUUCAAACCCAAGUGUUUAAUACUGUGUACAACGGCGAUGAAAACGUGUUUAUUGGAGCACCGACUGGUUCAGGAAAAACCACAAUAGCCGAAUUUGCAAUUCUAAGAUUGUUCGAAAAGAACCCAGACGGACGUUGCGUGUAUUUGGUUCCGAAAGAUGCCCUGGCCGAGUUAAUAUUCGCCGAUUGGCACAAUAAAUUUGGGCAGGUUCUCGGCAAAAAAGUCGUUCUGCUUACAGGCGAAACCGGUACAGAUUUAAAGUUGCUGGGUAAAGGUCAAAUCGUCAUUACAACCGCAGAAAAAUGGGACGUGUUGUCCAGAAGAUGGAAGCAGAGAAAAAAUGUCCAAAACGUUAAUCUCUUCAUCGCCGAUGAACUUCAUUUAAUCGGAGGUGAGGAUGGUCCUGUUAUAGAAGUCGUGUGCUCCAGAAUGCGGUACAUUUCCUCGCAAAUCGAGAAACCCAUAAGAAUAUUGGCAUUAUCCUCCUCUCUAACGGACUACAGGGACGUCGCUCAGUGGUUAGGUUGCAACUCCAACGCCACGUUCAAUUUCCAACCAACCGUGAGACCAAUACCUUUGGAGCUACACAUCCAAGGUUUCAAUAUCACCCACAAUUUGUCCAGAUUGGUUGCCAUGGGCAAACCGGUUUACAAUGCCAUUCAUAGGUACAGCGUUCAUAGGCCCGUCAUUGUGUUUGUGCCGACAAGAAAACAAGCCAGGAUGACCGCCAUUGAUUUGUUAACCUACGCUGCUGCCGAAGGACAGCCCAACAAGUUUUUCCAUGCUGAAGAAGAGGACAUUAAGCCGUUUUUAGACCGUAUGUCAGAUAAGACCUUAAAAGAAACCCUGUCCCAAGGCGUCGCCUACAUGCAUGAAGGGCUUUCCGCAAGCGAUCUCCGAUUGGUCGAACAAUUGUUCGAUUCAGACGCUGUUCAGAUAGCGGUCAUCACUAGAGACCUCUGCUGGGCGGUGAACAUAUUCGCUCAUUUGGUUAUCAUUAUGGAUACGCAGUUCUACAACGGAAAACUUCACGCCUACGAAGAUUAUCCCAUUACAGAUGUCCAGCAGAUGGUGGGUAGGGCUAAUAGGCCGCUGGAAGACAACGAUGCUAAAUGUGUUUUGAUGUGUCAAACUUCAAAGAAAGAUUUCUUCAAGAAGUUCCUUAAUGAUCCUUUACCAGUUGAAAGUCACUUGGAUCAUAGACUCCAUGAUCAUUUCAACGCCGAAAUAGUAACGAAAACAAUCGAAAACAAACAAGACGCUGUCGACUAUUUGACCUGGACAUUCUUGUACCGGCGAUUGACACAAAAUCCAAACUACUAUAAUCUUCAAGGUGUGUCCCAUAGACACUUAUCGGACCAUCUGUCCGAGUUGGUGGAAAAUACUUUAUCCGAUUUAGAACAAUCGAAAUGCAUCAGCAUUGAGGACGAUAUUGAUUGCGUUCCACUUAAUCUGGGAAUGAUCGCUGCCUAUUACUACAUAAACUACACGACUAUAGAGUUGUUCAGUUUAUCUUUGAACAAUAAGACCAAGAUACGCGGUCUUCUGGAAAUCAUAUCAUCGGCUGCAGAAUACGAAAACAUCCCCGUCAGGCAUAGAGAGGAUAACAUUUUAAGACAACUCUCUCAGAAAUUACCCAACAAACUGACUUCUCCUUCAGGUGGUCAACCUAAAUUUAACGACCCCCACGUCAAAACUAACUUGCUGCUUCAAGCGCAUCUCUGUAGGCUUCAGCUUGGAGCUGAGCUUCAGGGAGACACUGAAAAUGUUUUGGGUAAAGCAAUUCGUCUGAUACAGUCUUGUGUUGACGUAUUGAGUUCCAAUGGUUGGUUAUCACCUGCUGUAGCUGCUAUGGAGCUCGCUCAGAUGGUCACUCAAGCCAUGUGGAGUAAGGAUUCAUACUUAAAACAAUUACCCCAUUUUAAUACUGAAAUUAUUAAACGGUGUUCGGAAAAGGGCGUCGAAACAGUGUUUGAUAUAAUGGAAUUGGAGGAUGAAGCAAGACUAAAACUUCUACAGUUAAGUGACACCCAAAUGGCUGAUGUAGCCAGAUUCUGUAAUAGGUAUCCAAACAUUGAACUAAGUUACGAAGUUUUGGAUAAGGAUAAAAUUCAUUCUGGAUCUUCCAUACAUGUUGCAGUACAGUUGGAAAGAGAGGAUGAAGCCAGUGGGCCAGUUAUUGCGCCAUUCUACCCACAAAAACGCGAGGAAGGAUGGUGGGUGGUAAUAGGAGAUCCAAAAUCAAAUUCGUUGCUUUCAAUUAAGAGGCUCACAUUACAGCAAAAAGCUCGUGUAAAGUUGGAUUUUGUCGCUCCAAGUCCGGGUCAUCAUGGCUAUACUUUGUAUUUCAUGAGUGACGCGUACUUGGGUUGCGAUCAAGAGUACAAGUUUUCUGUUAAUGUAGGUGAUUUCGAGUCUAGUGCCAGUGAUUCAGAUUAA